AUGACAACAAAUAAGAAUAAUUAUCUAUCUAUGAAUAAUGGAAAGAAAAUUCCAGUUAUUGGAUUUGGAACAUGGAAAUCACCAAAAAAUGUAGUUGGAGAAUCAAUUAAACAAGCAAUUAAAGCUGGAUACCGUCAUUUGGAUUGUGCUGCCAUUUACAAGAAUGAAAAGGAAGUUGGAGCUGCUUUAAAAGAGGUAUUUGAUAGUGGAUUGAUUAAAAGAGAGGAAUUGUUUAUUACAAGUAAAUUGUGGUGUACUUGUCACUCCAAGGAGAACGUUGAAAAACAUUUAAAGAUUACCCUUGCCGACUUGGGAUUAGAUUAUUUGGAUCUUUAUUUGGUACAUUGGCCAUUGGCAUUUGAAUACACAGGUGAAUGCUUGGAAAUAAACCCAGUCGAUGAAAAUGGUAAUACGAAAUUGGCAAGAAUUCCAAUGCGUCAAACUUGGGAAGCAAUGGAGAAAUUGGUCGAUCAAGGAUUAGUACGUUCUAUCGGUGUUGCCAAUUGCAACGUUCAAACGAUUAUCGAUAUCCUAUCAUAUGCUAGAAUUCGUCCAGCAAUGAAUCAAGUCGAGUUGAAUCCUUACAACACUCAACAGAGAUUAAAGUAUUUCUGUCAUCUCAAUGGUAUUCAAUUAACUGCCUACUCUCCACUAGGACACGGUAAAUUGAUCACCGACAAGGUUGUAUGUGAAUUGGCAAAAAAGUAUAAUCGCAGUGUUGCCAAUAUUCUAUGUCGUUGGGCUAUUCAACAAGGUUUCACCGUCAUCCCAAAGAGUGUCAACCCCGACCGUAUCAAGGAUAAUUUCAAGGUACUAGAUUUUAAAAUCGAUGAAUCAGAUAUGAGUAUACUCAACAAUCUCAACAAGAAUCUACGUACAUGUGAUCCAGACAGUAUUUUUGGUGUUCCCAUCUUUGCCUAG